AUGGCAAAUAAUUCAUUUAAUAAUUUUGAUAAUAAAUUUGUUAACAUAGAAAACAUUAAACUUGAACAACAAUUAAAUACAGAAAUUAUUGAAGAAUGUGAAACAAUGGAGUUUGUAAGAAUUAAAGAAGAAUUACCUGAAGAAACUUUUACAAGGGAAGAAGAUUUUGAACAUGUAAUGUUUAAAGAAGAAACCAUCGAAAGUGUUGCAAUAGAAUAUGAAAGUGAAGAAUUCAUUGAUGAAAAAGUAGAUGAAACUAUUUUGGAAAAUCAACGAAUUAACAAUAGAGAUAAACGUUUUUCUUGUGAACGUUUUAAAUGUGAAGUGUGUGAUAAAAAAUUUAGUUUUAAACACGGCUUAAAUCAACAUGAACUGAUUCAUACAGGAGAAAAAUCUUUUUCAUGCGAAAUUUGUAAUAAAACAUUUAAUAACAAAUAUAAUUUAAUUAAACAUAAACGAACACAUACCGGGGGAAAUAAACCAUUUACAUGUGAAGUUUGUGAUAAACGAUUUUUUCAGAAAAGAGAUUUAAUUACACACACACGAACGCAUACCGGGGAAACACCAUUUUCAUGUGAUAUUUGUAAUAAAGCAUUUAAUCAGCAACAGAGUUUAAAUAGACAUAAAAAAAUCCAUAUUGGUAAAAAACCAUAUUCGUGUGAAAUUUGUAAUAAAAAUUUUUUUGAAAAACAUCAUUUAAUUGGGCAUAAACGAAAUCAUUUUCGAGAAAAAAAUUUGAAGUCUGAAGAACAUGGAGGAAUUAAAGAAAUCGGCGGUCAAAAUUUUGAAACGAGACCUGUAACAAUUAAUAAUGACGAAAAACCAUUUUCAUGUGAUCUUUGUGAUAAAACAUUCACCCAACAGAACAGUUUAAUCAGACAUAAAAGAAUCCAUACUGGAGAAAAACCUUAUUCAUGUGAAGUUUGUGAUAAGGCAUUUAAUCAGCAACAGAGUUUAAUUAGACAUAAAAGUAUUCAUUUUCGUGAAAAGCCAUUGAAUGUGAAGUCUGAAACAGUUACAUUGGAACAUGGAAGAAUUAAAGAAGACAUACCAGAGGAGAUUGUUCAAAUUGAACAUGUUUUAAUUAAAGAAGAAGUACCUGACGAAAGUUUUUGAACAAUAUGACUUGUCCAAAUUGCCACAAAAAUUGUCAAUUAUAUGAAAGAUAUGGGAAACAAGAU